UCCAAACCACGAUUCUCAUCACAUCAAACUUCUCUUUCGCGACGCAACGUUUGCCCAUCAUGGAUAUGGGAGAUAUGCCCGGUAUGACAUCGUCAUCUUCGAUGAUGAUGGACAUGCCCACUUCAACUUCUACUGCUGCUCCCGCAGCCACCUCUAUGAGCAUGGGCGGAAUGGAUAUGGGAGGCAUGGGCAUGGGCGGCCACAGCUGCAAGAUCUCGAUGCUCUGGAACUGGAACACGGUCGACGCGUGCUUCCUCUCGUCUUCAUGGCACAUUAAGUCCAAGGGCAUGUUCGCCGGAUCUUGCAUCGGCGUGAUCCUUCUUGCCAUCACCCUCGAGGGUCUUCGCCGCUCCGUCAAGGAGUAUGACCGCUUCCUCGUUCGCAAGAACGCCAACGGCCCUGUCGCCGUGACCCGUGCCGAUUCACCUAAGAUCGAUCCUCCCACCACCGCCGCCUCGGGCCCUUCGUCGGCUGCUCCCGCUGCAGCUGCGGCUGGUUACCGACCCAAGGUGUGGGAGCAGGCCAUUCGUGCGCUUCUCCACACGGCCCAGUUCGUAGUGGCCUACUUCCUCAUGCUGCUUGCCAUGUACUACAAUGGCUACUUCAUCAUCUGCAUCUUCAUCGGUGCGUACAUUGGCAGCUUCAUCUUCCAGUAUGAGAAGCUUGGCAGUGGACAGCAGACCAGUGCUGCCGGUGAAGCCACAGUUUGCUGUGGUUAAGCCUAUCCCUC